CAGGAGGAGGGGUGUGACGUACAUCCGGCGAGUAGCUGGCGGUCCCCGGUGCUGUUGGUCUGUGCGCUCUGAGGAGGGUCCAAGCCGCCCGCUGCCGCUGGAGGAGCCCCUAGGGCUUCCUCAGUGGGGCCGGUGGGAGGAAAGCCUGUGAUGAUCAGCCUUGUUCUACAGACUCAAGGACUGAGACCCUGCGAGGCCCGGAAGCUAGCAGUUAAGUGUUAUCUUCACGAUUCACAAUUCAAGCGGAAAAGCCAGACAUCAAAUUGCCUCUGUACUAAGCAUUAACAAUGUCUUUCAUCUUUGAGUGGAUCUACAAUGGCUUCAGCAGUGUGCUCCAGUUCUUAGGACUGUACAAGAAAUCUGGAAAACUUGUAUUCUUGGGUUUGGACAACGCGGGCAAAACAACUCUUCUUCACAUGCUCAAAGAUGACAGGCUGGGCCAGCAUGUUCCAACACUACAUCCGACAUCAGAAGAGCUGACAAUUGCUGGAAUGACAUUUACCACUUUUGAUCUUGGUGGACAUGAGCAAGCUCGUCGAGUUUGGAAAAAUUAUCUCCCAGCAAUUAAUGGGAUUGUCUUCCUGGUAGACUGUGCAGAUCAUUCUCGUCUCAUGGAAUCCAAAGUUGAGCUUAAUGGGUUAAUGACUGAUGAAACAAUAUCCAAUGUGCCAAUCCUUAUCUUGGGAAACAAAAUUGACAGAACAGAUGCAAUCAGUGAAGAAAAACUCCGAGAGAUAUUUGGGCUUUAUGGACAGACCACAGGAAAGGGGAACGUGACUCUGAAGGAGCUGAAUGCCCGCCCCAUGGAAGUGUUUAUGUGCAGUGUUCUCAAGAGGCAAGGCUAUGGCGAGGGCUUCCGCUGGCUCUCCCAGUACAUUGACUGAUAUUGGGACAGUGAAAAUAAAAGAGUUUUACUCCUCUGGACUGAUCCUAUUCACAGCUUCCUCAUGAACUUUUCUAAUAGAACAAGGAAAGCUCUCCAACCAUGUCUGGCGUGAGAAGCCAAGAGUCUGUCAACUCUCAUCGCCCAGUGGUGACAUGUGCUCUUCUCCACACUGUUGGAAGGUAAUACUGCCCCACGUGCUGGUGUGAGCCAGUAUCCCGGGACUCGGAAGCUGGCAGGAUUUGCCAGGUAAAGCUGUGUGCCAUCAUGGGACACCUGAGAAGAAAAACACGUCUCACCACUGUGGUUGAUUUCAAAAGAAAGUGAUUCUAUUUUUUAAAGAAAGCAUUGUUAAUGUAAUUGAUACCCCUUUCAACUUUUUGAGUUACAAUUUACUUGGUCCAGAGUUUUCUAUUCUUUUUUUUUUUUAACUAUUGAAUAGCAUUUAGAUAUUUCAUGAAAUUAUGAACAGAUGUACAUUGGAGGCCAGAGCUCAGAGGGGAGAACUUACUUCUGAGUUAGCAGGCUGGUGAGACCUCCCCUGCGCUCCUUGUCUCCGUAACUGCCUUGAAGGAGGCAGCAUCAGCUUGGCAUGGAGAGCGAGGGAGGGUAUAGCCCUGUUCUCAUGGUUGUGGCAAGUGUCCACUGUGGUCAGCUAGAGUUGUUCCUCAUUACGGAGUGAGUACCAGAUUGUUCAUUGUGGAGGAGUUAAUUAUAAAGGUUAUUAUUUUUGCUUAUAAUGUUACAAAUUUUAGCCCAGCUUUGCUUUUAUACUGUUGUGAAAUUUCAUUUUUCUCUGUAGCACCUUAUUUUCCGUUAAUAAAAAGUCGAGGACAUCUCUCA